UUGGGGCCCGCGGUUCCUCCGGCAUGGGAACGGCGGCGGGGCUGCUCCUGCUGUGCUGCGGGCUGCUGGGGGCUCAGCGCGCGCUCGGAGAGGAUGGCAGCAUGGUGCAGCUGCCCGGAGGAACCUUCCGGAUGGGGUCGCAGCAGAGGAGGGGCGAGGAGGAGCCCGCCAGGGAGGUGACAGUGAAGCCGUUCGCUCUGGACAAGCACCCGGUGACAAACAGGGACUUCAGGGAGUUUGUUAGAGAAAAGAAAUACAAAACAGAAGCAGAAGCAUUUGGCUGGAGCUUUGUCUUUGAGGAUUUCGUAUCUGAAGAGCUGAAAAAAAAAGUCACCCAAAAACUGGAGUCAGCCCCAUGGUGGCUGCCCGUCGAGAAGGCAUUUUGGAGACAGCCCUCAGGCCCUGGCUCCAGCAUAAAGGACAGGCUGGAUUACCCAGUGCUGCACGUGAGCUGGAACGAUGCUCAGGCCUUCUGUGCCUGGAAAGGGAAGCGGCUCCCGUCGGAGGAGGAGUGGGAAUUUGCUGCCAGGGGAGGACUGGAGCAAAGGAUGUAUCCCUGGGGAAACAAGUUCCAGCCAAACCGUACAAACCUGUGGCAGGGUGCCUUCCCUCGGGGGGACACGGCUGAGGACGGCUACCACGGCGUCUCCCCGGUGACAGCCUUCCCUGCCCAGAACAGCUACGGGCUCUAUGACCUGCUGGGAAACACCUGGGAGUGGACAGCAUCGGAAUUCCUGGCUCCAGGAAGGGCAUCCAGGGCUCAGAACAUGCAGGUGCUGAGAGGGGCCUCGUGGAUUGACACUGCAGAUGGCUCUGCAAACCACAGAGCUCGAGUCACCACCAGGAUGGGGAACACACCAGACUCUGCCUCUGACAACCUCAGCUUCCGCUGCGCUGCCGACGUCCCGCCCGUCCCAGCCUGGAAGAGCCGGAGCAAACCCGAGCUCUGAGGGCUCACUGGGAACACCUCAGGCAUUUUCUCCU